CCUCGCCCAUUCCCAAAAUCUCUCUCCCCUCAAUUUUUUAUUAAUUAAUCACACGAUUCUUUGUUCGCUCUCUUUUUCUGUUGAGCCAUUGGCCCUAUAAAUUCGAUGGAGACUCUGCGUUGUCAACCUUCCUUCCUUUCCCAUUUCCUUCCUCUCCAACCAAACCCCUUCCCUUUCCCCCCCUAAUUUUCCAUUCCAUUUUUCCCACCUGCAACUAAGCAGCUGCUAACUUCUUCACUCAAACUCUAAAGGUUUUACGUCGUCGUUUUAAACCGAGCGGAAAAUGAAUCACUGUGGGAUACAGCAAGGCAAUGCGCUCUCAGCUUGCGAAGACAUGAGGUCUUGCUCCAGGGACUCCGUCGUCUGCCCCAAACCUCGCCGCCUCGGCCUCCUCAACGAUCCCGUCAGAUCUUUCCGAUGGCAUUUCGGCCACCAGGCGGAGUUCUGUGAUUCAAAAGCCGGGUCUGAUAUUUUAGACAAUAUUCUCACUAAGGGAUCCUUUGGUGUUGAACAAUUUUCGUGUACAGAAAUGGCCUCGCAGCACCCAUUUUAUUGCGGAUCGCCACCGAGCAGAGUAGCUAACCCAUUAAUUCAGGACGCUCGAUUUGGGGAUGAGGAGCUCCUCUCGUCCCCAUCACUGUCGCCAAUACCUGCCCCGUCAGGUCAAUCAUCGUCUCCUUCCUCGUCCACGAGGAAAGGAGGCUGUGCUAGGACCAAUUUUGGGAGCAAACCGGCAGUGAGGGUCGAGGGGUUUGAUUGCCUGGACAGGGAUCGAAGGAACUGCAGCAUCCCUACCCUGGCAUAAAGAGCCCGAUUUUUUAUCAACUAAGGUACAUAGGAGAACAUGAAGCUAAAGUUUUCUACACUUGAUAGCAUUGAGAGGAAAUUUUGAAAUUCUCGGAGAGUGAAGGAAGUCGAUCCUUGUGGCUAGUGUAAUUAUGUUCAAGGGAUUUGUGUAAAUAAAAUGCGUCGUGUAAGUAAGUUUGAUUGUUAACCAAAUAAUGAGCGCGUUCGUUCUUCUUGUUUAGGAGAAAGCUCUGAGGGGGUGCGGCAUUUAGUAGAGAACAGAUUGAUUGUGUUUUCUACCGCACCACCCUUUCACUGUGUUUCUAUUUAGGUGUUUCGGAGUUCGGCUUAUGAAGCAAAUCUGUACAAAUUGAAGCUGUUGUUGAGUCGAUCUGAACAGUCAUUUACAGUAUAUAUACCAUUUGUGUUUUCGUUA